CGAAAUGUGAGGUGAAGCUUCGAACGUCUUCGGUGACGUCUUUUAAAGGGAUACACAGCUUUAGUAUAAACUGCCUCGCUCGCGCUUCACGCCUAGAAGCUUCGGUAUUGUGUUUUGUCAGUAUUCAACAUCCACUCAGCUAAAACAUUGCCCCUGACAAAACCUCUACAGACUUCCAUCGGCGACAGACAUGUCUAACACGGAGGGAAGUAAACUUUGGGGAGGUCGUUUCGUGGGAGACACUGAUCCUAUCAUGGAGAAGUUCAACGCAUCCAUCGCUUAUGACCAGAGGAUGUGGGAUGCUGACAUACGGGGGAGCAAGGCUUAUGUGAAAGCUCUGGAGAAGGCAAAGCUGGUCACCACGGAUGAGAUGAACCAGAUUUUGCACGGGCUGGAUCAGAUUUUUGAAGAGUGGUCCAAAGGUGUUUUUGUGAUUAAACCUGGAGAUGAAGACAUUCACACUGCCAAUGAGCGCAGGCUAAAGGAGCUGAUUGGUACACCUGCAGGAAAGCUGCACACUGGCAGGAGCAGAAACGACCAGGUCGUGACUGACAUGAGGCUGUGGCUGAGAGAUGCCAUCUCGACCCUGACGGACAACGCCCUACAGCUGAUGUCUACCAUGGUGGAGCGUGCAGCGGCAGAAAUUGACGUCUUGUUUCCUGGUUACACCCACAUGCAGAGAGCUCAGCCAAUCAGAUGGAGCCAUUGGAUUCUAAGCCAUGCUGUUUCUCUGAGCAGAGAUGUGGACCGGCUUCAGGAAAUCAAGAAACGAGUUAGUGUUUUACCUCUCGGCAGUGGCGCCAUCGCUGGAACACCAUUUGACAUUGACAGAGAGCAGCUGCGGAAAGAUUUGGAAUUUGAUGGCAUCAGUCUUAACAGCAUGGAUGCCACGGGCCAAAGGGACUUUGUUGCGGAGUUCUUGUUCUGGGCUUCGUUGUGUUUGACCCAUCUCAGUAAGAUGGCCGAGGACCUGAUGCUGUACAGCACAAAAGAGUUCUCUUUCAUCACACUUUCCGACGCCUACAGCACAGGCAGCAGUCUGAUGCCCCAGAAGAAGAAUGCUGACAGUCUGGAGCUGAUCAGGAGUAAAGCAGGUCGUGUCUUUGGCAGAUGUGCAGGGUUCAUGAUGACUCUGAAGGGCCUGCCCAGCACCUACAACAAAGACCUGCAGGAGGAUAAGGAGGCCAUGUUUGACUGCUAUGAUACUGUUCACGCUGUGCUGCAAGUGGCAACUGGAGUCAUGUCGACUCUCGAGAUUAAGGAGAGUGCGAUGACAGCGGCCCUCAGUCCCGACAUGUUGGCUACUGACUUGGCCUACUACCUUGUGAGGAAGGGGUUGCCGUUUAGAGAGGCCCAUGGUAUUUCUGGUAAAGCUGUGUUUGCAGCUGAAUCCAAAAAUAUUGCCCUGAAUCAACUCACUGUGGCCGACCUGAGUGCUGUUAGCCCUCUGUUUGAAAGUGACGUGUCCUCAGUAUGGGACUACAGGAGCAGCGUGGAGCAGUACAGCGCCCCUGGAGGCACAGCCCGGAGAAGUGUUGCUGAACAGGUGGAACACCUGAGGAACUGGCAAAAGAAACAUGCACAGUGACCUCAACCUAUUUUGACCUUAAAAACUUGAAUCAUGUUACUUUUGCAAUUUAGGUAAUAGAAGUUUGAAUGUCAGAUUUAGGUCAAAUGGAUUUAUAAUGUAAAAAAAAACAUUUUGCCUACAAAAAAAACUUUUAUCUUCUUUUUCAAGCACAAAAGACAGGUCAGUUGGUUGGUGUGUAACCAAGGGAUGUUUCAAUUGAUCAUGUAUCAAUCACAAGUGUUACAAAGGACUGGACAAUAAAUAAAUGUUACUCAAACAGUG